UAACGGCUGUUAUUUCGAAAUAACUUCGCUGUUGUAGACAUACCCUUAGGGAAUUAGUGGUGUUGUAAGGUAUCAUCCAUGUGUGGAAACAUGCCUUAGGAUGGGCAAAAUCAUUCUCAAGUGACAGUCUGGAUAUAGGAUUUGGAGCACAAAGCAUCAUAGAAAUGUAGGGCUGGAUGGGAUGAAGUACAGUCCUCUGUUCUGAUGCAGAACCAAGUAAAUGGAGACCAUCCUUGAUAAGAAUUUGUCCAUCUUGUUCUUAAAAACCUCCAGUGAUGGGGAUUCUACAACAUUCCUUGAAAGGUUACUCCUGUGCUUAACUACCCUUAUAGUUAGAAAGAUUUUCCAAAUAUCUAACCAAAACCUUUCUUGCUUCAGGUGAAACCCCCUCUUGCCGUACUUUCACUGAGCAUGGAUCAACAUCCUCUUUAAAAAGUAUUUGAAGACUGUUAUCAGGUCUCCCGUCGGUCAUCUUAUUGCAAGACUAAACAUGCAGAUAUUUUACCUUUGCUAAUGUGUCAGGUUUUCUAAACCUUUUUCAUUGUUGUUGCUUACUGGGAAAGAAUUGCAAUAAAGAAGCCAAGAAAAGAUAAGUAUGGAUUAGGAUUUCAAGUAGGGUCGACUUCAAACAAUUUUGUGUGGACAGUAGGGAUGUUAAAAAGCAGAUAAUUUGGUGACCAUGUAACCGCUGAAAUUUUCAACAGUUAUACUGUUACAUUCACCCAUAGUGCGGGGUGGCAGGCAGCAACCUGGGGGAUGGUGUGCUCUGGGAGCCAGCUCCCCAGGAGCAGAGUGGGAGUGUGCAUGUAACCGUUCAUGGUAACCAAUAAGACCAGGUUUAUUGGUUAACCGUGUAAACGGUUACUUCUUACAUCCCUAGUGGACAGGUGAUGAUAAACAGGCUUACAUUUUUGGAAAAGGAAAGUCAGGUUGCUGACCUUAACAGUAGAGUUUCCCAAUGUUAGACAGAAUUGCAUAGUUUUGUGUUGACAUCCUGGCUUCCUUCCUUACUUGAAAUUUUCAUUUUGAUCAGAUUAUUCUUUGUUCUAAAGCUAUGCGCAGUGUUAAUAUUUGUAUUUUGCUAAACAGAGGGGCUACUAUAAUUGUCUAUAAAUCACCCAUGAGGUUUUUUUGUUUUUUUUGGUUUUUUUAGAUUUCUGAUUGCCAUGGCUGCCGUUGACAGUUUCAACCUCUUGUACAGGGAGAUUGGUCGUUCCUGCAAUUGUUACAUGGAAGCGCUGGCUUUAGUUGGAGCAUGGUAUAUGGCCAGAAAAUGCUUCACCCUUGUGUGUAAUUCUUACAGUUUGAUCAGGUUGCAUUUCAUCCCCAAGCUGGUCAGCAGGGCUGAUUUUGUAAAGCGGUAUGGAAGAUGGGCUAUCGUCACUGGUAGCACAGCUGGCAUUGGACAAGCCUAUGCUGAAGAACUGGCAAGCCAUGGUCUCAACAUUAUUUUAAUCAGUCGGAGCAAAGAAAAACUGGAGACUGUAACUAAAGAAAUAGCUGAAACAUAUAACGUUGAAACUGCUAUUAUAGUAGCAGAUUUCAGCAAAGGUCGUGAGGUUUACUCUUCCAUUAAGGAAGCCCUCAGAGACAAAGACAUUGGGAUCUUGGUGAACAGUGUGGGAGUGUUUUGUGCCUACCCAGAAUAUUUUACCAGGUUAUCUGAGGAUAAACUAUGGGAAAUUGUCAAUGUAAAUAUUGCUGCUGCUAACAUGAUGGUGCAUAUAGUGCUGCCAGGGAUGGUAGAGAGGAAAAGAGGUGCGAUUGUGAAUGUUUCUUCUGGAUCCUGCUGCAAACCCACUCCACAGAUGGCAGCCUAUUCAGCCUCCAAGGCCUACUUGGACCACUUUAGUAGAGCACUGCAUUAUGAAUAUGCUUCAAAAGGAAUCUUUAUUCAGAGUUUAAUCCCAUUCUUCAUCUCCACAAACAUGACACAAUUGGGUGAUCACGUUCUAUCAAGGAAGCUUUUUUGUGUGCCUUCAGCAAAAGUAUAUGCUCAUCAUGCUGUUUCUACCCUGGGGAUAUCCAGAAGGACUACAGGAUAUUGGCUCCAUUCUAUUCAGUUUCUUCUUGUACAGUACAUGCCAGAAUGGUUCUGGGUUUGGGGAAUGCAGAUUCUCAACAAUUCUCUACGUCGGGGCGCCUUAUCCCACAGAAUACAUUAAGAAUAUAAUCUAGGAAAUAGCAAUGUGCUAACCUACUGCAGUAACUUAACUUGAGCAUUGGAAGAACUUAAAAGAUAUUCUAGUAUGCUUUCAUCUCCUGUUAAACAAUGUACGUAUUAUAGUUAUUAGAAAAGCCUGGAUCCUGCCGCUCUCCUUGUACUACUGAGCCCAGAGCAAAGCUGAGCAGGACAUAAAAACUUUAAAAAAAAAUUAGUUCAGAUAAUUAAAUCUCUUGAGUUUCUCAUGUAAUUUACUGAGGAUGGACAGUGUGUUGAUUCUUCAUGGGAUUGAUGGACUCCUGCUUAGUGUUCUCAAAUUCUAAUAAUAUGAAUGGAAAUUUCAAUAGCUCAGUGUUUUGCAAGAUUGGGCACUGGAGGAGUUGAAAGGGAUACCAAAUCAUGUUGUGUUAUAAAGACAAUCUCAGAUUUUAAAUCAACUAAAUCUCUUUAGAGUGGAUUGUCUUGUGUUGGUUUUCCAAUCUUAUUGUGGUGUUAUGUUUAAUGAGAAGUUAUGUUGUCUUUGAAAAAUGCAUAAGGUUACUUUUCAAAUUUGGAAAACUGUAGAGAAAGCAUUUAAGCCUUUUUCUUAAUAAACCCUUGUUUGUGUGAGUGUUCUGUAUUGCCAGAAUGAUAGAGCAGCAAUGAAGUUCAGAAAAAGAUGUUUUCUAGCUUUCUGAUAUUACGUGUGAAAGAUUUGGAUCAUUUUUCAAGUGGAUACUCCAUUAAUAAUCUCUCAUCUGUCUGAAGAAGUUAAUAUUUAAGCAAUUAAAAAACUCCAUGAUUGAAGGUGGAAUCUUCUCAGUUUUUCUUUCUU